AUGUUGACUUACUUACCUCUAUUAACCUCAGAAACUUCUGAACCUUUCAUCAUCCCAAACAUCUCUCCUGUAUCUCAACCAAAUUCAAGGAAAAAUUCUACUACUGAGGAUGAAUCAACUAUAAAUGAAAAAUCAAUCUUUCUAAAUGGCUUAGAAUCAAAUUUAUUGAAAUUACCACAAUUGAAAGAUAAUGAUGCUACUACAGUUGCUCAUGAUACAAUAAGGAAAAAUUCAUUAACUUUAUUAUGA